UCGCGUUGAAUAACAAUGAACGCGUCAAUUUCAGUUCUUUUAAACGCUGUUCCUGUGUUUAUUUUCAAGUAGAAAGCGGGAGAAUUGUCAGUAAAUAAGCAAAACUCCAGGAAACAAGUGAAAUCUGUGAGACACUGUUGUAAAGAUGUUUGUUAAAGAGGAGAGUGAAGAUAUGGAUUAUCCAGAAACAUGCAGUAUUAAAACAGAACACACUGAGGAACAAACAGAUUUGAUGCAAAUGAAAGAAGAAUAUAAAGAAUCAAAUGAAGUGAAAGAGGAAAGUGAAGAACUGAAUAUAGUGGAGGAGGAACAUCAGUAUCAGAAUCCUCAUCAUUUCAUGAAUGGAGAAAAGUCUUUUAGUUGCUCACAGACUGAGAAGAAUUCCUCACAAAGCAAUACUCAAACCAAAAAUGAUUUCACAUGCCAUCAGUGUGGAAAGAGUUUCUCAAAGAAAGCAAGUCUUAAGGGACAUAUAAGAAUUCACACUGGAGAGAAGCCUUACACAUGCCUUCAGUGUGGUAAUAGUUUCACAUGUAAAGGAUCCCUUAAUGUGCACAUGAUAAUUCACACUGGAGAGAAAGCUUUCAUGUGCCCUCAGUGUGGAAAGAGUUUCAUUCAGAAAGGAGGUCUUGAGGAUCACAUAAGAUGUCACACUGGAGAGAAGCCUUUCACUUGUCCUCAGUGUGGAAAAAGUUUCAGAAAAAGAGGAGGCCUUAAGGAUCACAUAAGAUGUCACACUGGAGAGAAGCCUUACACUUGCCAUCAGUGUGAAAAAAGUUUCACAAAGAGAGGAGACCUUAACGAUCACAUAAGACGUCACACUGGAGAGAUGCCUUACACUUGCCAUCAGUGUGGAAAAAGUUUUAUUAAUAGAGGAAGCUUUUAUGUGCACAUGAGAAGUCACACUGGAAAAAAGCCCUUUACAUGCUUACAUUGUGGGAAAUGUUUUGUUUGUAAAGGAAACCAUGACGUGCACUUGAGAAUUCACACUGGAGAGAAGCCUUACACAUGCAGUCAAUGUGGAAAGAGUUUUAGUCGGUCACACAUCCUAAAACAACAUGAGAGCAUGCAUACUGGAGAGAAGCCAUACCACUGCCCUUCAUGUGGGAAAAGGUUCCGCCAAUUAAGGUCUUUAAGAAAUCAUAGAAAAAGGCAUUCACAGGGAAGAGAAGCAGAGGAAAUCAAAGCAGAAGAAGGAGAAAGUGAAGAGGAGCAAAAGGUUGCUGUUCGUAAAGAGGAUCUCCCUGAGGAGCUCCGAGAACAACGGCCGAUGAAAGCAAAGACAAAGAUAAGCAUCUUCUCUGCUCUCAGUGAAGGGGAGGCCACAGAUUUGGCCCAGGAGCUGGGAGCCAUGCUUGGGCGACACGUAAACCUAGACAUGAUUGCAAGUGUUCCCAGUGCUGAGGCAGACGUUGCAAAGAAUAUACUCUGCACUCUCCAGCGCUUGCUAAAGGAAAAACUGGGAGAGGAAUCACAUUUUAGUCUGCUGACGCAUACGUUUGGACCACAAGUGGUAGAUGAUGUCAUCCCAUUUUUAAUCAAUUUAACCGUAGUGAAAGAGGAAAUUCAAGAACCAAUAGAAGUUAAAGAAGAAAGCCAAGAACAGGAAAUGGAGGAGGAACAUCAGUAUCAGAAUCAAAAUAAUUUCAUAACUGGAGAAAAGUCUAUUAGUUGCUCACAGACUGAGAAGAAUUCUUCACAAAACAAAAGUCAAGCCAAAAAUCCCUUCACCUGCUCUCACUGUGGAAAUAGUUUUACACGGAAAGACAGUCUUAACGAGCACAUGAGAAUUCACUCUGGAGAGAAACCUUUCACGUGUCAUCAGUGUGGAAAGAGCUUCAGAAAUAAACGAGAUCUUAAUGUGCACAUGAGAAUUCACACUGGAGAGAAAAAGUUCACCUGCCUUCAGUGUGGUAAAAGAUUAACGUCUAAAGGACGCCUUAAUGAUCACAUGAGAAUUCACACUGGAGAGAAGCCUUACAUGUGUCAUCAAUGUGGAAAGAGUUUCAUUAAUAGAGGACGCCUUAGGGAUCACAUAGUGUAUCACACUGGAGAGAAGCCUUACUCAUGCUAUCGAUGUGAAAGACGAUUCAGGAAUAGAGGAAACCUUCAUAGUCACAUGAGAAUUCACACUGGAGAGAAACCUUUUGCAUGCCAUCAGUGUGGAAAGAGCUUCAGAAAUAAACAAGACCUUAAUGUGCACAUGAGAAUUCACACUGGAGAGAAACCUUAUGCAUGCCUCCAGUGUGGUAAAAGCUUCACGUCUAAAGGAUACCUUAAUGUGCACAUAAGAAUUCACACUGGAGAGAAACCUUUCACUUGCCAUCAGUGUGGAAAAAGUUUCACACAUAAACCAAGUCUUCAGAGGCACAUAAAACGUCACACUGAAGAGAAACCUUUCAAAUGCCCUCAGUGUGGAAAGGGUUUCACAAAAAAAGAAGACCUUGAUGUGCACAUUCAAAUUCACACUGACGAGAAGACUUUCACGUGCCUUCAAUGUGGGAAGAAUUUCACACAAAAAAGAGGCCUUAAAGUGCACAUGAGAAUUCACACUGGAGAAAAGCCCUUCACGUGCCAUCAAUGUGGGAAGAGUUUCAUUCAGUCAAAUGCCCUAAAAAGACAUGAGAGGGUGCAUACUGGAGAGAAGCCAUACAAGUGCCCCUCAUGUGGAAAAUGUUUCCGCCAAUCAAGAUCUCUAAGUAAUCAUAGAAAAGUGCAUUUCCCUGAGUUGUUAUAGUGAGCAAAAGAGCAAUUACAUCUUAAAGCAGGGUCUCAAACUCAAAUUACCAACUUGAAUAAUGUGCUGCCAAAACGUGGACAUGGACGUGCCGAGGCAUGGACUUUACAAGACCCCUGAAGGUGUACUGUGGUAUCUGGCACCAAGAUGUUAGCAGCAGAUCCUUCAAGUCCUGUAAAUUGUGAGGAGGAUCUGCCUUGGAUUGGACUUGUUGGUCCAGCACAUCCCACAGGUGCUCAAACAGAUUGGGAUCUCAAUUUGGAAUUUGGAGGCCUGGGCAACACCUUGAACUCUUCAUUAUGUUCCUCAAACCAUUCCCAGACAGUGCAAGCAGUGUGGUAGUGUGUAUUAUUCUGAUGAAAGAGGCCACUGCCAUCAGGGUAUACCAUUGCCAUGAAGGGGUGUACUUGGUCUGCUAUGAUGUUUAGGUAGGUGGCACGUGCCAAAUUUAUGUCCACAUGAAUGACCCGACCCAAUGUUUCCCAAAGUUAUGUUCUCUGAUGAAAGUAAAUUUUGCAUUUCCUUUGGAAAUCAAGGUCCCAGAGUCUGGAGGAAGAGAGGAGAGGCACAGAAUCCACGUUGCUUGAAGUCCAGUGUAAAGUUUCCACAGUCAGUGAUGGUUUGGGGUGCCAUGUCAUCUGCUGGUGUUGGUCCACUGUGUUUUCUGAGGUCCAAGGUCAACGCAGCCGUCUACCAGGAAGUUUUAGAGCACUUCAUGCUUCCUGCUGCUGACCAACUUUAUGGAGAUGCAGAUUUCAUUUUCCAACAGGACUUGGCACCUGCACACAGUGCCAAAGCUACCAGUACCUGGUUUAAGGACCAUGGUAUCCCUGUUCUUAAUUGGCCAGCAAACUCCCCUGACCUUAACCCUAUAGAAAAUCUAUGGGGUAUUGUGAAGAGGAAGAUGCGAUACGCCAGACCCAACAAUGCAGAAGAGCUGAAGGCCACUAUCAGAGCAACCUGGGCUCUCAUAUCACCCGAGCAGUGCCACAGACUGAUCGACUCCAUGCCACGCCGCAUUGCUGCAGUAAUUCAGGCAAAAGGAGCCCCAACUAAGUAUUGAGUGCUGUACAUGCUCAUACUUUUCAUUUUCAUACUUUUCAGUUGGCCAACAUUUCUAAAAAUCCUUUUUUUGUAUUGGC